CAAAUUUAACUUGAAGAUCAUAAUAUUAACAGUUAUGAAAUGCUAUCUAAAGAGCUUAGUCUGUGUAGUUUCAACCAAAAACAAGUUUUUCCAUAGUUUUUAUAACUGUUGCGGUGUUUUAGCAAAUAGUCUAAAGAAGAAACUGCAUUGUGUUUGCAACAAUUUGCUGGGGUGUUUUGUCAGAUAUGAUAAGGGGCACAUUUCAUGAAAACAGUGAAUGGUAGAACACCUACCAAUGGAUUGGAUUUUAUUUAGCGAUGUGAUCGAGAAUUCAGCGGCGAAAACCUUCAGCCGAAAAUAGCUAAAAUUUCAUUUUCGGUUAAAAAGCCGAAAGUUUCCCACCAAAAAGUGUGAAGAACUGUAUUGUCCUGUUGUGUUGACAUAAUCAAAACAUGGCGAGAAGCAACACUACCGGCUUUGGAAGUAUUUUGAGGUGUUACUGAGGUGUUACAGAAAUUUAUAAAUCAUUAAAUGAAGGAAAAUAAAUGUGUUUCAUCACUGCUACAUGCUCGUUCUGAAGUUGCUUUCCAUUGAUGUACGACGUCACAUCGAGUACAGUGCAUUUGAGGUUGUGUGUGAUAGUUUAAUCAUGUGAGGAAUAUACAAAUAAAACGGUAUUUACAUGCCUACAUGUACAUUUGCUGUGGUUUAGUACAAUUUUAUGGCACGACUACUUCCUCUUUUGUCACAUUUUUUCAGCGACUUCCACACCCCCUCUGCCAGUCCCCGUUUAAUAUGACUUUGCUCGGCUUUGUCGCCACCAGGACUCGGGCCACUCGCUUGGCUCUUGAUUGAUUCCACUUGUUGCACAAGAAAACAGCUAAUCUUAUUUAAGGAGUAUGAGAGAUUGUAAUGGCCUUGUAGAGAGCUUGACUAGUUUCGGCGAGAACUUUUUUGUUGCUGUUGUGAACUACAGUUCCACACAUACAUACAUAGAGAUCUCAUUAGUUUAGCAACUGGGGGCAUGAGGCCCACUUUUUGAGUGCCAAAACUUUCAUGAAAGCCCAUUUAUCAAGGUUUCAUCGGCCGUGACGUCCACCGAACAGAAUGCUACGACGGCGCGGUGACUUCUGCUAUAGGACGUGUUCAAAGUUUACCACAAAAUGCUCACUUGCACAGGGAAUACACCGUCCCAAGGGAUUUCAGAAUCUGCAUCUUUCACACAAAAUUUCUCGGGGGCCAUAGAACAUUUUAAAGAUGUUUGCGUACUUGUGGGAGGCGAGACCAUAUUAUAUUUCUGCCUGAUCGUUUAGAAAAAAAAAAAAAAGGCAGUGGGCAUUAAUCGGGAAAUAAUGGAGUAAAAUAACGUUUUUUAAAAAUAAGAAAAAUUGUAAACGUGUAUUAUUAAGCCUUUCGGUUUCUCGGCCAAGUGGUUCAAAUAUUCCGUUUCAGCCAAGAAUUUUGCUUUCGGUACAUCCCAAAUUUUAUUGUACUGUCCCACGUAAAGAGACCAAGUAAAUUGCUACCAUGGGGUAGGACUGCUUGCAAAUCAUUUGUGUUUGUGCACACCAUAUUUGUAUGUAGAUGAGACAAUGCUUACUGGUUGAAUGAGUGUAUUUGUGUAUGUGACCUCAUGUCCUUUUUACAUUCGCCAAAUUUCAGCUGCCACUGCUCUUUCCAGCUUAGUACAACAUUGUUUGAUUUAAUGGAAGAUAAUUUUCACCAGAGUUGUUCAACUUGUUUUUUUUACCCCCAGAUAUUAUUUUUACCUUUAGUUGUUCAGUCUUCACAGCCUGUCCAGAUUAUCUUUGCAUACUCAUUUGUGAAUCCCUCAUCCCUCACGGAUAUUCAGGUCAAUUUCAAUCAUGCAUUCCAAAUUGCAUGGAAAUGUUCACAUGGAUUUUGUUUUUCUCCCCAAUAGAAGCAUCAUGUUACUUAUUUAAAGAAGGGAGGUCCACUGAGAAGUUUCAGCUUGGGUAAUAGUAACAAUAAGAAAAAUGCAUUUUCUCCCCUCUUUGUAUCUGAUGGGAUAUGUUUUGCAAACAUGGACAUUGAAUCCAUGCAACUCUCAGUUCAAACUAAACGGUGAUUAUUUGAUUGGUGGACUUUUUGACAUUCACGUCAGUAGCUCUAUCACCCAUGAGAGACCAGAAGCCAUUCACUGCUCAAGUCAAGCCUUCAGUCUGUCAAGUUAUCGAAGGUUUCAGCUGAUGAGAUUUUCUGUGGAGCAGAUCAAUAACUCAAGUGAACUCUUGCCAAAUGUGUCUUUGGGCUACAAGAUAUUUGACCACUGUUCAAUUUCGAAGAAUUUCCCGGGUAUCUUUGACCUUAUUUCAGCCAAUGGAUCGAUCAAACCAUGGAGUGAAGAAAUCCAGCAUGUGUCUUCAGCCUCUAAAAUUGUCGGAGUGGUGGGCCCUUUUACAAGCACAGACGUCUUGACUGUAGCGCCACUCUUCGUGAUGGAUCUCAUUCCACUGGUCAGCUAUGGAGCCGCCAGCUCAGCCUUUUCAGAAAAAGCUAAAUAUUCAUCUUUCCUGCGGACUGUACAUUCCAAUAAGGACAGCAUCAAAGUCAUUGUUGCUAUCAUGGAACACUUCAAAUGGCAAUGGGUGGCCUUCCUGAACAGCAAUGAUGCAUAUGGCAAUGAUGGCCUCGCACUCUUCAGAAGGAUGAUUAAGGAAACUGACAUUUGUCUGGCUCUUGCCAUAGAACUAAAACAAAUGUCAAAUUACUCAGACAUGUUCCAUCAAAUAGAAGUACAAAGGAUUAAAACCAUUGUUGUUUUUGCGCCCAAAUUACUGGCUGAGGCUCUUAUUGAGUCAGCAGUACAGUUAGGUGUCAAAGACAAGGUGUGGCUAGCUGUGGACACAUGGUCCUUAAAUGAGAAGCUCCCAAAGAUGAAAGACAUUCAAAAAAUUGGAACAGUACUGGGGGUGUCUCAGCCUGUGUUGACAAUUCCUGGUUUUAGUGAGUUUGUCCUUGCUUCCCAAAGCAAAAGCCAUUGUGAUGAUGCGGAGGGACUUCAACUUUGCAAUCAGAUUUGCAACUGCUCUAGUCUUAGUGUACAGGAUAUCAUCUCGUUGGACCCCUCCUAUUCUUUUUCUGUUUAUUCGGCUGUAUAUGCCGUUGCUCACGCCUUACAUAAUGUCUUGAAAUGCGAGAAACAUACCUGUCAAGGAAAUAGUUCAGUUCUUCCUCACAAGGUUCUGGUGGAACUAAAGAAGUCAAACUUUACACUGUUGAACCAGCACAUUCAGUUUGAUGAGCAUGGAGAUCCCAAAUUUGGAUCUUAUUCCAUUGUUUUGUGGAACAAGAGUGGUCAUAUUGAGGAGAUCGGGUUAUACAAAUUUGAGUCCUCAUUUAACUUUGUUAUUGACGAGACCAAAAUUCGGUGGCACGGAAACUUCAAGGUGCCGACGUCACGAUGCUCUGAUUUAUGUCCUGUUGGAUUUGCAAAGAAGCAAGAUGGAAUUCAUAAGUGCUGCUUCACCUGUGAGGAAUGUCCUUAUGGAACCUACAUCAACAUCACAGAGAAUGCAUAUAAGUGUGUGGACUGUAAGGAGACAGAGUGGUCUUAUGAAGCCAGUACAUCAUGCACCCUGCGAGAAGUGGAGUACGUUUCAUUUGAGGACAGCACUGCUAUAUUAAUCAUUGCAGCCACCGUGCUCUUGCUGGGCCUGGGAGUCGCCGUGAGUGUUAUCUUUGCCUUCAAUUACAACACACCAGUUGUCAGGUCCGCUGGCGGCCACAUGUGCUUCCUCAGUUUAGGCUGCCUCAGUUUGAGUAGUCUGAGCAUCAUCUUCUUUUUUGGCAAACCCUCAAUCUUCUCAUGUAUCUUACGUUUCGUGCCGUUUUCAUUGCUUUUCUCCAUGUGCCUUGCGUGUUUUUUGGUGCGUGCCUUCCAGAUUGUUUGCAUUUUUAAAAUGGCUGCCAAGUUUCCCAAGCUACAUGGCUGGUGGAUGAAAUAUCAUGGACAGUGGCUCGUUGUCACAGGGACGUUUGUAAUGCAAUGUGUCCUGAAUUUGACUAGCCUUUUGAUUGCCACCCCCAUUCCGUACAAUGAAACCAAUUGGGCUCGAGACAAAAUCAUCCUCAGCUGUCACAUCAGCACAGAGGCGGCCACGGGUCCGACUCUAUUGGUUAUGUGUUUGUGCACUCUUUGCUUUGUUUUUUCCUACAUGGGGAAGGACCUCCCCAAAAACUACAAUGAAGCCAAAGCAAUAACCUUCUGUUUGCUACUGCUCACCCUCACCUGGAUGGUCUUUGUCACUAUUUGGGUGCUCUACAGGGGCAAGUUCAUCCAAACACUGAAUGCUCUGGCAGUGCUCUCCAGCCUCUAUGCCUUCCUCUUGUGGUAUUUCCUCCCAAAAUGUUAUAUCAUCCUCUAUCAACCUCACAAAAACACACCUCAGUACUUCCAAGGUAUAAUCCAAAAUUAUACCAAAACAAUUAGCCAGUAGUGCUGUACAGGAGCCUCUAGUGAUUACUAAUCACACAAUAAUGUUUCUUUGCUUAAAACUACUAGGACCUCAAGUACUUAGUGAUUUUUUCCUGGAUUUUGGCCUAAUACACUACACUUUUGAAAUAAAACAACCGAGACUUGGCUGCACACCACCAAAUAAAAAUACCACACAAAGUAAUGUACCGUAUUCUGAAAUAAGGAUCUCAUUCCAAUUUACUUAUAAAUCACAAGAAAUAAUUUAUCUGUUUUUGCUGCUGGAUCACUGUAUUUUUUUUUAUUAAAUGUUAUCUGCCUGGGAUUUGGAAAAAAAAAAUCCAAAAUAUAACAUGGAGUUGAAUUAAAAUCUCCCUUUGCCCUUUCGGAGACGGUUUGUUUUUCCUUCACUUUUUUACCUGCGGUAGGUUGCAUCAUUGCGUUUCAUUGCAAAGUCUUUUGUCAAAUCUGCAGCAAAGUUAAUGAUGACUUUCGACUGAAUGUUUGUUAAAGUCUAUUUUUCUACAGAUUCUACUGGAAAUGGUUAAUAUCGCCACCAGGUGGCACUAUUUGCCUGUGACACCUCCAGACUAUAGGAUUUUAACUGAAACUAAGCGUAAAUGUUAUAACGUAACUCGACCUGUAGAAAAAAAAAAAAAAAACAUGUAAAGAACUAUACAGAUAUUGUAUUUGGGGAGCUCGGGUGCUACAGUAGGUAAUUAAAAAUGAGAUAACCCUUCUAUUUAUUUAUAGUGCGAAUAUCAAGAAAAUUCAGGGCAAAAACAGCAUAAAAGGUGCAGUAAAAAAACAUGAUUUAAUUAGCACUGCCAGAAAG